AUGUUCUAAUAAAAAACCCUAAGAUGUGAAAGAGAUCAGCUUAUUCAAACCUUUCAAGGAAUCAUUGAUGAGAGCAAAAAAAUAAAAGCAUCACAGAUUUAAUUAGAUCAAAUUCUAUCAAACGUGAAAUAGGGCAAAAUUCCAGACUUUGGAUUUUUAAAUGAACUUACUUUCGGUGAUGAGAAAGUAGGCUGGCAUUUAUUUGGAGGUGUCAUCAGUCCAUUUCCCAAGUAUUAAAAGCUAGCAAAGUACGUGCAAGAAUAGCUUUCAUAAAAGGAAGAUCGAGAACGAAUUGCAUAGAUAGAAAGAAAAGUCAGAAUUAAUAACCUUCCAAAGCGGAGAUCAAGCAUUAUAAUGUAAAACAAGAACCUUAUACUGAAGGCAGUAUAAUUUAUGGAUGACAGAACGGAUUCAUAAUCUUCACCUCAUAAAAAUUUUGAGAAUCGCUAGAAAGGUAUUGAAUCUAUCACAAACUUCACAAUGAGAAGGAGAUUAUAUCUUCGAGAGAAAUUAAUAAAACUUAAAUUCUACGAGUUAAAAAAUGAUGCUGAUAACUUAAAAGAGGAAUUCGAUAAAUUUUGUAACACAAUCGAAUUGAUAAAGAUCAACCAAUCCAACAGAGAAAUAUUGGAAACUCUAGAAAAAGCAGAGAAAUUCAGGCCAUCUUCUCCAAACAACAAAAAGAAAUCCUCAUCUAGAUUAGAUAAUAUAUAGUCCAAGCUUAAGCUUAACGGCAUGUGUAGUAGCCCAAAGAGAUAUUAAAGUGUAUCACCUAAACUAAGAUCCAUUAAUAAACGUAAUUCAAUUCUUAAAAAUAAAGAUGACCUUAAGAUCCACUAAAAAGCAAAACUGUUGCUAGAAUGCGAAUGUGAAAUGGUUAAUUAAAAAUUAUAUUCUGCAUUGAAUGACUACCUAUCAAAGUUCGUAUUGAAUAAUAAAGAUAAGGAAAUAAAAGAAGAGAUCAGAGAAAUUAAAAGAAUAUUAUGGAAGAAAAAAAUACCACCAAAGGUAAUAGACGAUAUUAUCCAUAAGAACAACAUAAAUCUGAAUUCUCAACAAUCAAGUUAGCAAACUGAAAAAACUGAGGGAACUAUUGUAGCCCCAAAAAUAAAUUUACCUUCAAGCCAAGAGUAUCAUAUGAGGAAUUCAAAUAUUUCUUAAAUACACCAUCAGCUUAAUAAUCUAUUCAAAGAGAACAACAUAUCAUCUUUGAAUUUAAAUGAAGAUUUGAAUUAAUCAGAAAGUGAUGAUGAUGAUGAUAGUUUUUCCUCUAAUGAGUAGAAUGUAUUAGAAUUAAAGGAAAGUAACAAUAAAUCUUCAAACAAUUUGGAAAACGCAGCAUUGGAUAAGAAAAAUUCUCAGCAAGCAAAGUAACUUAAUAAAUAAGAGUCUUUGUAAACUAGGGCUUCUUCACCAAAGAAAUUAGUAGUUCAAGACUUUAUCCAUAAAAAUAACUUUAAAUUUAGGUGUAUCUAACUGAUUUUAAGACUUAAAAAUAUCAGUUAAAAACUUCUAACGAAGCUCGAGCUUUAGAAAAAGGUACAUAAAAAUGAUUGGUAUUUGAAGAAAAUAUAAGCCAUUAAAAGAGCAAUAAAAUAUAUUAAAAAGUAUUAACUAGACGAGGAUCAGAAAUUAUUGGAAGAGCUGAAAUUUUACAAAUUAUAGGAAAUUAAUGAUGAAAUAAUAAAGCUUUAAAUGUUUGCUAAAACAGAAAGACUUCACUCGUAAAAGUGUGGCAACAAUUAGAUAUUCAGUUAGACUACAAUACUUAAUGAUACAAUAAAUUAUGGAAAUGCGCCUUUUAAAAGUAGUACAUUUGCCUCUUCUUUAAAAGACAAAGAUGCUUAAACUACUAGAGCUAAUAUGAUAUUCGACAUAGAUAAAACACUGAAAAAAAAUCUUCAACCUAAACUUCAUAGCCAAAAAAGAAGGAAUUUCAUUGAAAAACUUGAGGUUAAGCUCUCGAACAAUUAAUCUUAUUUCAAAGCCUCCUCUAUAGAUCGAAAUAAACCUGCUGAAAAUUUUAACUCUAUAAAUUUCUUGCAUAAUGUACCCCUAAGAAAAACUUCAACUGCAAUCGGGGUGCGUAAAAUUAUGAGUGCAACUUAAGCUAAUAGCCCUACCACAGCUUCAUCUCCUAUUGUGAAUGUCCUUUCAAAUAAAACAAUAGGGGAUCUUGGAAUGCAUAUUCAUCUCAAGCACAGACCUAGAAUAUUUAGUAAUCAAAGCUCAUUAGCUUGGUCACCAAUUAGAGCACAUAAGCAGGAAAUCCAGAAUCAUAAAAUAAAAGAAAAAGAAAAGAUUAAUUAAAUAUUUGACUUCAAAGAAGUAAUAACAAGCCAAAGCAAUUUCAGGAAACGAGAGACAAUGUCCUACGAUAACAAAUUAGAGAAGGCAUAAAAUAAAUCUUUGGAGUUGGGUAUUGCUAAAAAUGAUAAUCUCAAUGUUAUAUCUUAGAAGUCUAGUUAAGUUUAAAGUAAUCCAGGGACCGAGUAAAAGAAAUCCAAAAAACAUCUUGCCAUGAAAUUCGAUAUAAACUUAAUGUAGACUGUUGUCCAGGAUAUGAUGUAGAAAAGAUAGUUAAACUAUGAUAAGAUUGGGAUAAAUGAAGCUGGUAUUAAAUUUGACUUAGAUUUAAAGCAGCAAAUCAAAAUGAGAAAGCUAAAUUAGUCUGAUAGGAAUGCAAUGUAGUGA